AAUUCGUCGAGCUGAUCCUCAUUGAAGAACAGCUAACGCUUCAGUAAUUCACGCGUCAAGGCGCCGCUCUUUUAACGUGACGAUUGCGGAUAAGUGGAUCCAGGUUAAAAAGCCUGACAUCGCCAGUGGAGCUCUUUACAGAUAACAUCUAGGAGCUGUCAUUUAUUUCCUCCUUUGGUGUGUUACCUGAGGUGGAUGUAUUGCCAGGUGCUCGUGCUCGCGGUCUUUGCCGCUUUUCAAUGCGGUUUUCCAGCAUCAUGCACUCGUAGUUUAAAUGACAGACCAAUCAUCGGAAUUUUAGCCCAGGAAAACUUAGAAGACGACCCUCAUGCACAGGGCUCUUCUUAUAUAGCUGCAUCAUAUGUGAGACACUUGGAGUCAGCUGGUGCCAGGGUUGUACCAAUUCACAUAAAUCGCACAGAGGAGGAGUAUGAAAAACUGUUCAACGCAAUUAAUGGUUUGCUGCUUCCUGGUGGGAAUGUGGACAUCGACAAGUCUCAGUUUACCAGAGUGGCAAAGAAUGAACUUGCAAUAAAGGUAAGUGCUAAUGAUGUUUCGGAUUAUUUUCCGAUCUGGGGCACCUGCCAAGGCUUCCAGCAGCUCACGGUUCUGACUAGCAACAAGAACUUAUUGACCUUGACUGACACCAAAGCAGUCGCCCUGCCACUGACCUUCAGCCCAGCUUGGCAUUGCUACUGUAAUUCUGUAAGAGCAAAUCAUAAGCGUUUUUAUCGAGUCCUGACAACAAACACAGAUGGCAAGAAGGAGUUAAUUUCCACCAUGGAGGCAUAUCAAUAUCCCUUCUAUGCUGUUCAAUGGCAUCCAGAGAAAAGCCCAUUUGAGUGGAUUGAGAAAGAUGGUAUGGUGCACACACUCUCAGCCAUCAAAGCUGCGUUCUACACUGCCCACUUCUUUGUUUCUGAAGCAAUGAAAAACCAUCAUCGGUUUUCUUCGCAAAGUGAAGAAGAAAAAUCUCUGAUUUACAACUAUCAGCCUGUCUUCAAAGGCAUGAACAGCAUCUUUCUUCAAAAUUAAUACUUCGAUUGAGUGUUCACACUGUUCAUCGUGGCAGAAUAUUUUUUUAUUUUAUUUUUUUAAACUACUGUUUUUAUUUCUUUCCUCAAAGUUUGCCCAGACUUCAUGUUUGGAAUGCAAAAUUGUAACAUUCAUGAUUCAGACUCACUUACGUAGCUCUCGAUUGUAGACAUGAAGUGUUCUAGAAUCAUCGUGACAGAAUGUAUUGUUAUAGUUAUAUCCAUUUCAGAAGUCGUAUCAUAUAAUAUGUAUCUUCUAGUGCCAUUGUUCAGAAGUUAAACAUUAUGUUUCACAGGGUUCAGUAGCAUGACCAAUGCAAUGUAAAAAUGUUCUAUUACUCUUGUCAAUUUGAGAGAAAAUAAAAUAUAGAUAUAAACUGU